CAACGCCCCGCCCAGAUUUGUAUUCCAAUGCCUCAGUUUCAGCACUCUCGAUUUGCUAGCCUUGAGCUGCCUGCUACAUUGACAACUUUCUGUGAUAUUGCGGAGAGUGGCUACGCGAGCAAGCAUCACAGCCUAUAGCCUGCUGCUACCCGGGGAGAGGCGAUGAUGGCGGCGGCCGUAGAGAGAGGAGGAGUGCGGGCCGCUUUCCUGAAUCCAGGCAGCGGCGGCGGGAUCGGUGGACCAUCCCCGGCACCUAUUGCAACUGCUCCUGGAGCCGCGGUUGGAGCAGGAGGCAUGGGUUCGAAUUCGGGUGGGUCAGAUGGUCCCAUACCCGUGCCUAUGAACCUUUUUGCAACGUGGGAAAUAGACCGUUCUUCUCCGAGUUGUGUUCCAAGAUUGUGCAGCCUGACCCUCAAGAAACUGAUUGUCCUCAAAGAACUGGACCGAGAGCUUAGCUCUGUGGUGAUAGCUGUCAAAAUGCAGGGGUCCAAGCGCAUCUUGAGGUCCAACGAGUAUGUCCUUCCCCCAGACGGACUGAUGGAGACUGACCUUGAGCUAACUUUCUCACUCCAGUAUCCCCACUUCCUCAAAAGGGACGCCAACCGAUUGCAGAUCAUGCUGCAGAGGAGGAAGCGAUAUAAAAACCGUACCAUCCUGGGGUAUAAGACCUUAGCUGUGGGCGUCAUAAAUAUGGCAGAGGUGAUGCAACACCCGACAGAUGGAGCCCAGAUCCUGGGUCUCCAUAGCAACGUGAAGGAGGUGCCGGUGCGUGCGGCCGAGCUCAGUGUGUAUUCCCUGUCCAGUCAGCCCAUUGACCAUGAGGACGGCAGCGGGCAGACAGGGACCAAGGCCAAAGCCUUAGAUCGCUCCCCAGAUAUGGAUAACUACUCAGAGGAUGACGACGACAGCUACUCUUCGGAGCAGGAAGCUAGUGACGAUGCUGUUCAACCAGUGGACCUGUACGAUGAGGAUGACGAUGGACAAAGGAAGCCAAAGAAAAACCGGAGGAAAAUGAUUCGAACAACAUCCAUGACAAGGCAACCCAAUUUCAAACAGAAGUUUGUGGCCCUGUUGAAGCGAUUCAAAGUGACGGAUGAGGUUCUGGACUCGGACCCAGUGGACCAGACCCAGGAGGUGGAGGAGGAUCUGGACCUGCUCUAUGAUAGUCUGGAGGUUUACAACCAGAGUGACAGCGGCCCUGAGAUGGAGGACAACGAGAGUGUCCUCAGCACGCCCAAACCCAAACUCAAGCCCUUCUUUGAGGGAAUGUCCCAUUCGAGCUCCCAGACUGAGAUUGGGAGUCUGCACAGUCAGAAGAGCCAGGCCAGGGACCUGGCCUGCAUCGGUGGAGAUCUGCUGACCCCGGACAGGGCCAAAGUCCUAAUAGGGACCAAGUAUACAGACGACAGCGCCGGAUUGGAGUCUCCUGCGGGGGACGCGGAGGAUGAGGAGACUAGGGCUGGCACAGGGCCAGGUGAGACUAACCCCAACCCCACCCCUACCAGCUGGGACCUGAGCACGGACAAACUGCCCGGCCCAGUGGCCAAACUCUGCAAGACCGAGUCCCAGACACUCAUGUCGCCCAGUAAAACAGAGAACAAGCUGCAGAGGCGUCCUAGGAGCACGUCCAUGAAGGACCGGCAGAACUCCAAGGCCCAGAGUGACAGGACUAGCAGCAUUGACAGCGAGACAUCCCCGGAAUCCAGGAUCGCAGUCCAGGUCCCCAGGAAGUCAGUGUACGACCAGCUCAACCAGAUCCUUAUCUCUGACGAGCAGCUCCCAGAGAGCAUCAUCCUCAUCAACACCACAGACUGGCAGGGCCAGUAUCUAUCUGAGAUUCUCCAUGAGCACAGCCAGCCUAUCGUGUGCACCAUCUCUGGUGCGGAUGUCCAUGCAGCCUUCAACACCAUCGUCACCAGGAUCCAGAGAUUCUGUAACUGCAAUGCCCAGACACCCCCCACCAUCAAAGUGGCGGUGGCCGGAGACCAGAGUUACCUCAGCACCAUCCUCAGGUGCUUCGUGGAGCAGCUGGCCAACAAGACGCCUGAUUGGCUCAGCUAUAUCCGCUUCCUGGUCAUCCCUGUCGGUAAGCAGCAAUUCAGCCGAUCGCCAUGGAGUCCAGGUUCGGGCACUCAUCCUCUGGCCAAACACAUGUCUUCGUUCGACAGCAAGUUCAACAACAUCUUCAUGGACGCCGGCUGGAGGGACUUGUUUGGCAGACUCGAGGCCCCAACAUCAGACAACAUUGAUGUGGCAGGCCGCGUUUCUCAGUACCUGGCUGGGGCCAGUGUUUCACACCAGUGUCCCAUCUCUGAGGCCAUGCUCACCUACAAACAGAAAAGGAAGAGAAGCUUAUAUUUUGAUUUUUACAUCAGCCCUGACGAGGACUCCUGUCAGAAGUUUGUGCCAUUUAUUGGGCUGGUGAAAGUGGGCAUUGUUGAGCACAACCUCUCGACCUCAAUGGACUCUGAUGAUGCUGUGAUGGGGAACAUCAAUAUGCUGGCCUCCCCUCUCCCCCAGCCGGGACCAACCUACAUGAAGGACCUGACCUGCACCCCGCCCCCCUCCCCCUCCGUCUCAGCCACCCUCGCCGGAGCCGGCUCUCCGGUGACAGGCGGGGAGGUGAUGGGGCUCCAGGUGGACUACUGGACAUGUCACGGCGCCGACAAGAAGAAGGAGGGCGAGAAACGCGACGUGGGCAUCAAGAAUACCCUGAAGAGCAACUUCCGCUCGCUGCAGGUGUCCCGCAUCCCCAACGGGGGAGAGCUGACACCCCCUCCCGGCAUGGCCAUGACCGUUGUCAUGAAGGAGAAGAACAAGAAAGUGAUAUUCCUGAGUAAAAAGCCCAAGGAGAAGGAGGUGGACUCCAAGAGCCAGGUGAUCGAGGGCAUCAGCAGGCUGAUCUGCACUGCCAAACACCAGCACACCAUGCUGAGAGUGUCCAUUGACGGCGUGGAGUGGAAUGAUGUCAAGUUUUUCCAGCUGGCUGCCCAGUGGCCCACUCACGUCAAGCACUUCCCUGUUGGCAUCUUUGGCUACACCAAGCCCGCCAUGUGACAUAUCACUGCCACAUAAACCCAAGUAUGGGUAGCUGCAGCCCAAUAUGGCAACCGGAGUAUGGGCAAGUGGGUGUGUCGAAAGGAGUGGGUGAUUGGAAAGAUAAUCAGCUAAUUGAGCAGACUUGUUGCCCCUCAAGACCCUUUUGCAUGGCUGAUACUAGUUCGUAAGCCGCCGACCGGUGCACCGGUUUUGUAUCGAGUUGCCUGCUGACCGGAGGUGCUUCCCACUGAGCAGCUGUGUCAAGUUGUCACCAGCGGUAGAUAACGUGCCAAUUUUCUUCUUCUCUCCUAUGAUUUUAUUUCAAGUAGGAUAGAAGCCUACACAAGAAAUAACUAAUAUUGAUAACCAUCGAGAUUUCACGUUGAUACAUACAUACAGUCUACUCACUGGGCAUGACAUGAAGGGCAACAACACCUGGACACAGUGUCCUUGCUCUCGCUUUCCAAGUGCUUGUCCCGGCGUGGGAAGUAGCUAAUUAGUAGCCAAUAUCAGGGUGACCGUCACAGUGAGCACAUGCAUACAAGCAAUAGUACGCCCAUCAUCAGUACUUUUAAUAAAAAAUAAACAAUCGUCAGUUUUACAACUAAAAAUCUACAAUUAUUUGUGUUUAACUACCAGCGAAAUGCGACUCAGACUCAUCCUCUGGAUGAUUCAGACUCAAGUCCAAACUCUCGCAGUACGAUAGUUGUGUGGUAAGAACCGGACUAAAACGUCUAGCCUGCAACAGAGCGCUUUACACCCACUCAUUUCCACACGCCCAUUACUUUCCUUUCGACACACCCACUCCUUUCCACACGCCCAUUACUUUCCUUUCGACACACCCACUCCUUUCCACACGCCCAUUACUUUCCUUUCAGCACACCCACUCCUUUCCACACGCCCAUUACUUUCCUUUCGACACACCCACUCCUUUCCACACGCCAAUUACUUUCCUUUCGAACACAUCCACUCGCCUAUACGCCGGUCGACAAAUUGGGCUGCAGCUACCCCCUUCUCCUUAAACCCUGACCCCUGAACAGACUUUAUCAUCUCCCAUAGAGAGAGAUGGGCUGGUUUCCAUUCUGAAAAAUUACUCCUUUCCUUCCGUCCUUUAAAACGAACCUCAUCUCCCAUAGAGAGAAUGGGGCUGGGUUCAAUUCUGAAAAAAAUAAUUCUGUUCCCUUUGAACAGUCCUCAUAUUCCAUAGAGAGAGACAAGCUGGAAUACAUUCUGAAAAAUCACUCCCUUCCGUUCUGUCCUUUUAAUAUUUGUAUUUACUAGGUAUUGAGGCCAUCAAUAUGGUAAUGGCUCCAUGAAGUGAAGAUUAUAGGUCCUUAUAUGUUGGUUCCCAAUGUUUCAAAAUGUAAUUAUUAGAAAUACAUUUCUAAGUCUAAGUUUGAAAUGAAUCCAACUCCAAGUCAUUCAGCUCCGUGGGCUCUCCAAGUUGCUAAAGGUAGUGGGGAAGGCUGGGAGUAAUCCACCAGAUUGGAACCCAGCCCUGCUCUGACUAAGCAAAAAACGGAAACAAACCCCCUAGUCCUUUUCCUGUGGAAACUGUCCAGUUACAAACCUGUGUUCCCAGUAUAAAAUGGAUGUUGUUGUCAACGUCAAAUGUUACUGUUUUAUACACCAGCAAAAAAAAAGAAGGAAAAAAACAUGUUUUGUUAAAAAAUGUAUGCUGCCUUUUAAGUAGAAUAGUGUAUAUUGUGGUUAGACACUUAUAAUGGCCACCUGUAAUGGCAGCUUUGUUGGCACUUUGUUUUGUUACUAUAUUAUUAUUUCUGUGAAAUCCUAUGUGGGGAAAUGUCCUGUAUAUAAUGUAAGAGGAUUGAAGGGGUGUGUUGGUGUGUGUUCGCAGUGUGUGCCGGGAGGCAGUGUGUUACUGAUUUUUAGGGGAAAGGGUGGGAUGCUGAGAGAGGAAUUGCUGUGAAAUUUGCAGAGGAACCCCUCUUGCUAUGAAAAGAUGUAUUUUGUUCUCUUUUUCUAUUGAGAAAAGUGACUUACUCAAGUUUUUGAUACACUACUUUCUAGCUAGUAUACUUGCCUUUUUGAUUUAGAAGCACAUUGUAUGGAAACAGAAUUGGGACAAUCAGUAACCAAGAAACGUGGCACUGUAUAACGAGAGACAUUCAUCAGAGAGUGGAAUGUAUCCUUAGGCGAGUUCAAUGCAAUGACUUCACUUGUGAAUUUGUGACGCGGGCCCUAGGUGCAUGCAAGAAUUUCUGGACACAAACGUGUACAGGAGAGAGAAGAGUGAGAGAAAGGGAGGGCAAAGAAAGAAGGAAACAAAUGUAUUGUUCGCAGUGCCCUGCUCUAACACACCUGAUUAGUCUACUCUCUGCAAAGGGCUCAGCAGUGCAGUUUUCAGUAAUACCCUUCCCACACUACUACUGAGAAGACCCAAGCCAAGCUGUACUGCACUGGCCUGGUUAAGCAUCCACUAUGGUUGUUGGAACUGUGUUCAAAAUGACCAUGUGGGGAAAAAACAGUUAAACACAGUACAGUUUGGCUUGGUACAGUAGUGUGAAAAGGGUCAGAAUUCCACAGGUUGUUAAACUAUUUACCAGUGACAUUGAAGUGGUGUUCUUUUUUCUAACUUUAUCCAUUCUGAAAGACAAGAAUCCCUUUCUAUAAAACUAGCGUGCCGUAUUCAACAAUGAACUAAUUGCUGUCCACUGUUCUCUGUUUUUAUACUUUCUUUAAAGAUAGACCCACUCAUAAUGUUGAGUCAAAAAGGGCCACAGGCUUAAUUGGUUUUUAGGGAAUCGCCAGGAUUUUAAUGUCAGCAAUGUUGUUGUAUUGUGUGUUGUUUUUUCAUGAGGUGUAUUUUCUCAUAGACCUAUGAGGGAAAUUAACGUCCUGUGCCUCUUCAGUCGAGGCUAUGCAGGACACCUGGAAGUCAAAGCUUCCUUCCUUAGUUAUUUUGCCUCUCUCCAUCUUUUUACCUUGUAUGUUUGUGACUUGACACGAAAAUGCAUUUCAUUUGGAUGAAAGUGUGUUUUGGAGAUUUUAAGUGUGUGUCUGUGUGUGCAUGCGCUCAGAAGGGGUACUGUGUAACCCCAUUUGUCAAUAUCAACCAUUUGAAAACUAUGGCUUCUCUUGCGAUUAGAUACUACAUGGAUAGUAUUACAUUUGAUGUAUUUUUUGUUCAUCUUCACCGUGGUAGCUGAGUAUUAACAACAGUGUAUGUUACCGUA